AUGUCGCCUGAAGACGGAGAGCAAGAGACAGGAACUGUGUACUACAGCUUAACAACAGGUUCGUGUCCACCUGGCUACGUCCACAACCGCCUCAUCAACAUCUGCUACCAGCUUCAUCUUGACAAGAUCAAAUACGACGACUGUCUUGCUGACUGCACGUCAAGAGGAGAACACCUUGUUGUUAUUGACAACGAGGACAAGCAGAACCACAUCGUCAAGCAGAUUAGGUCGUCAUCAGCUGCUGUAAAAUUUAGCUACUUCUUGGACGGUUCAGAUGAGGUAAAUGAAGGACAAUGGGUAUUCCACGAUGGCCAACCUAUGACCUACUUUGCCUGGAGUCCAGGCAAUCCGACAAAUACUACAGAACAGCACGGUUACCUCGUCGCCAGCAGAUUGAGCAGGGCAUUUCUGUGGCAAGACAGGAGACGAGCAGAAACAAAGCGCUACAUCUGUCAAAAAGACCUUUGA